UAAUUUGUUCAGAAUGGGCCAAGUUAUUGUUGGUGACAUUCAUCUCGUGCAUUGUCUUUAGAGACCCAAAAGCCGCGGUAGGGUUGGAAGGUAGGACCUUUGCGAUUCAUUGUGCGUAAGCGGCUUCUCCUUGUCGACGUGAAUUCGCUGACAGAGCACCAGUUGUUUUCGCGUGCAGAUGUUGGCGACUGAAGUGGCUACCGGUUACAACUUUAAUUUGAAUGCUAAUGAAAAUUCGAUGACACGUACUCUUAUCGCUAGUAUAAGCUGAAAUGUUUGGUAUGCGCUCGGACACCAAUCACUACAGAUAGACUCCACUAGACACCUCCACACCUCCAGCAAUGAUGGCUGUGCUCCGCUCUGGAGUGAGAGUGUUCAUCAUGCUCCUCAUUAGCAGGAUGUUAGAGAACUCGCUGCUCAGCGCUGAAGUGAAAGAGGGAGAGAUUCUGCCUCCCACCAUUCAGAAGCUGAUGAAAGGAUACAACAAGUACCUCAGGCCUUUUUUUGACAAUGGGCCAGUGACUGUGGGCAUGAGUUUGGACAUUGCCAGCAUUGACACCAUAUCAGAGAUCAACAUGGACUACACGGCCACUAUCUUCCUGCGUCAGCGCUGGACAGACGAGCGCCUGGUGUUUGAGGGUAACAAGAGCCUGAGUCUGGACGGCAGGCUGGUGGAGCUGCUCUGGGUACCAGACACCUUCAUCGUAGACUCCAAAAAGUCCUUCCUCCAUGACAUCACUGUGGAGAACAGACUGAUCAGGAUCUUCCCCAAUGGAACGGUGCUCUACGCCCUGAGGAUAACCACCACUGUGGCCUGCAACAUGGACCUGACCAAGUACCCCAUGGACAAGCAGACCUGCACUCUGCAACUGGAGAGCUGGGGCUACAACAUCAAUGAUGUGAUGUUCUACUGGACCAGAGGGAAUGAGUCGGUCAGUGGUUUGGAUACGCUGCGUCUGGCUCAGUACACAGUAGAGGACCACUACACAUCUGCGUCUGAGGCCAUCUAUGAAACAGGCCACUACCCCAAGCUGAUCUUCCACUUUGAGCUGAAGAGAAGCAUCCUGUACUUCAUCCUGGAGACGUACGUUCCCUCCAGCCUGCUGGUGGUCCUCUCCUGGGUCUCUUUCUGGAUCAGCCAGUCUUCCGUCCCCGCAAGGAUCUGUAUCGGAGUGACCACGGUUCUGACCAUGACCACGUUGAUGAUGGGUGCCAGGACGUCCCUGCCAAACGCCAACUGUUUCAUCAAAGCCAUCGACGUGUACCUGGGCAUCUGCUUCAGCUUCAUCUUCGGAGCCCUGAUCGAGUACGCCGUGGCCCACUUCUGCACCCUUAACCAUCCCGACGCCAACAUUGUCAUGCGUUAUUAUUGUGGUCAUCGUUGUCGUCAUCCUCAUCAUUAUCAGAGUCAUCAUCUUCAUCACCUUUGCCAUGUUUCGUCUGCUCGUACUGUAUGGAUUACGGUCACCAGAUGGGAGGCUUUGACGAGGAGAUGAACGGCAUGGUCACCACCAUCGCCGCUGAAAACAACAGGGCCAAGAGGCGUAAGGAGAAAGCUGCUGCAGAUGAGGCGGCCUUAGCGCCCACAGCUGAGCUGGAACUUUACCCCUCCAGCCCCACUGGCAGUGAGCCCAAGCCUGAGGCCCCUGAGGAGCCCCCCAACCGCUGCCUCAUUGUCCUGGUCCUCCUCCGCAAGGUCCUGCGCAGAGCUGCAAACUGUUGCCAUGUGGAGAAUCCCCACUUAAUAGACAAUUACUCCAGGAUGACCUUCCCCCUGUCCUUUGUAUUCGUCAACCUCCUCUAUUGGACAUACUACCUGUACUUGUAAUCACAGGGGUGUGGGAGUGUGUUUGGGUAUGUUUCUGUCUGUGAUUCAUUCAUGUGUUUUUUUUCUCAAACAAUGCACAUUCUUACAUUCAUGACAUGAGUUAGGCAUAGUGUACAGUCAACAUCCUUAGGAGAAUAAAAUGUCAGUUGCCACAUUUAUUAUACCUUAUUUAGCUCAUUACUGCUUUCGUAAUUGAUUGAUUUCCAUGUUGUUAUUUUAUUCUCGCCUGCUGUUGGUCAUAGACAAGGAUCUUAAUAUGAGCCAGUUUUCUACAGCAGGAAAAUGAUCCUGCAGCAACAUGAAAUGUGAAUUAUUAUAUGAGCUAUAAUUAAUGAGUUUUCUUGUAGGGGUUGAUACAUUUUUCAUUACGGCAAAUCAAGUGUGAAAUUUUAAAGUACAAAUGUCAAACUUUAGAAGCCUUUUUAAACCUUGAAUACUCUCUCUCUCUUUGUCUCUCAAAACUAUUUCAAUUUAAGUUGCUUUACUGGCAUGAGAAACAUUAGGUUUUUACAUUGCCAAAGAAAGUCAAAUGGAUAAUAAACAAAAGUGAAAUAAAUAUUUUAAGAAAUGACCAGUAAACAUUACACUCACAAAAGUUCCAAAAGAAUAGAGAGAUUUCACUCUCUCUUUUUCUCUCUCUCUCAUCCCCCCCCCGCUACCAUUUCCUCUCUCACUUUAUUACCACUAUAUAUCCAGUAGCAUUGGCUCUCUCCACCACAUUAUGGAAAUUGACUCUCAAAGGCACCUAUAAACCAUGUUAUUUAAUUUGUCAUCAUACUAUUCUGUUUCCAGUAUGUUUUACAAGGGACACAACUGCCAGCACCUUAACUGGAAUAAUGCAGGAAUAAUGCGGGAAUAAUGCAGAAUAAUGCAAUAGAAUGGUGUGGCUAUACAGCACCUAGUGGACGCACGAGUAACAGUGAUAUAUGCAGUAUUGUUUCAUUGGAGCUGGUAGAUAAUAUUUUCCGCUGUGCUUUGUGAUACAUGCCAUCUUAAUCGUAACGCUAGCACCUUGUAUUAGAUGUUUUAGGACAUUUUAAAUAGAGGUGAAACCACUACUGUAUUUUAACAGGAAGUCAUCAUCAAUCAUCGGUUCAUCAUCCAGGAAGCUUUGCAUGUUGAACUAACAUGCAAAGCUUCCUCCCUCAAUCUUUUGUCAAUGUCCUGUUGUGUAUUGUGAGUGAUGAUGAAUGUCAUAUAUAUUGUCAUAUAUAAUGUUUUCACAUAUAAGUAAUAACCAAAGGACCAAAGAAUUCAAUUUGAUUUGUAAUCCUUCAUGGUUCCCUUUAGACUUUGUUGCGUACAUUUUGAAAUGAUUCAUCCUUAGUUCCCAUUGCUGCGUGGAAAAUCCUCCAUCGAAGGUAAUAGCAUGCUAUAUCAGCAUGCAAAAGGAACACAGCAACAUUCCAUAGUCCUGUGCAGACAGACACAGUCUCACAAUCGAUGCAUGUUUGUUUAUAUCCUAAAUAUUAAGUGCAUUUUUCUGUUACAAUGCUUUCACCCAUUUCCGUAAAGACAUUGACAAGCAGGUUGUCCAGAGCAUAGAAUAACAACAUAAUGAUUUGUUUCAUGAUUAUGAUAUUGAUCAUAGUAAUGCAUUCUCGUAAUGAAUGUGCACAAUGGAAGUUUAUAUUUGAAAUAAUUCACCAUAAUGCAGUAUUAACAUUUGUGUUAAUCUCAUUUUCGCCAUAAGGGUUUUCUUCUAGCCUUCUCUUUUUCUAAAACGCAAUCCAAUGAAUUUGCUCUGCCAAGCAUGGUCUUGUUCAGUGCAAUAGAAUGAAAUAUCAAAUACAGUAUCUUUGAUAAGGAGCUAACUAAACUACUGAUGAAAAUAGAAAAAUAUUUAAAAAAUGAUUUUGUUUUUGUUUUGCACGGUUACCAAUGAUAACUUUAUUUUGCUUUCUGUUUCUUUGGGGAAGAUAAGUAUUGAUUGUAAUGCGAUACAAAUGGAGGCUAUCUAAAAAUCUAAUAUUAUAGAGAACUGCCCUCAAUUAUACAAUCACUGGGGACCAAACUUAGAUGUUGCUUACAUUGAAUGUACACUUAUAUUGAACUUACUACAGUUUUGAUACAAAAUGCUUCCCUAUGUUGCUAGAGCAACUUUAUAAGAACAGUUUGAUCUUCUCUUAGAAUCUGGUCUAUGGUAAAGAAGAAAAAUGUGCACUGAACUAAUAUAUAUGUAGAUCAGCGCUAAAUCAUACAGUCUAUGUCACAUGGUCAUUGUGUUGGGGCACCUGAAUUCCCCUACGCUACUGUAGCCAAUGCCAAAAUGGAGCAAAAUAAUCCACUAAAUCAAACCACUAAGGAAAUAUUCCCUUUGUUUCACGAGAAUCCCACAAAUUCCCAUUUCCAAUUUCCCUUUACUGUGGAUUCGCAAAAAAAUGUGUUUGCUAUUUAAUAAUGUUGUCAAGUGAGCCCCUCUUUUUGGACUCGACUCAAUCUCUCCUCUCCCAAGACAUAACUACAUAAUUAGUGAUCUGUUUUUCUGCAGUGAAUGGACACAGUAUUGGACAAAUAUCCGCAAUGGCAGGACACAUGAUACACAGGACACAAGUCCAGGUACUGCAAGGCCAAGCAACCAACCUGACCAAUGAGAGUGUACUAUACGACAUUCCCUCCCCUACCCACUUGCCUCACAGACUGAUUGGCCAAUGUUGGAGAAGCCUAUUUUCCUAAAAUUUUCAAGGUGAUGUUGUGUUAUUGACAUCAAUGUUCUAGGGACAUCUUCCUGUAAAAUGUGUUCAUACUGUAACAUUUGAAUGUAGACAUUUUAUUUGCUGAAAUUGUUGUAAAUAGAUAGUUAUACUUUGCAUGUUUAUUUGAUGUUUCAAUAUUGACUAAUGUAAUCAAAUAAACUGCCUAAAAUUG